CCGGCCCGAGGUCCAGAGCAGAGGGGAGGAGCGGCGCCUGGACCCUGCGCUCGCUGAGCGCCCUCCAAGGAAUCCAUCUUCAUCCUUCUCACCUUUUGGAAAUUGGAGUGGAUGUGCUCCCCCUGUUGUGUCUGUUCACCAACAGCAAGAAGGCUCGCUCAAGCAUUGAGCUGUAAACUUCUUCUAAUUAUAUUGCUGGACUUCACAAUGACGGCAGUAACAGUGACCACGACAGUUCCCCUGAAGGGGAAGAUAGAAGAUAAUUCUGCCUCGUAUGAGUCCACAUCAGCUCACAUUAUUGAAGAAACCGAAUAUGUGAAAAAGAUUCGAACUACUCUGGAAAAGAUCCGAAAUCAAAUAUUUAAAGAUGAAGUAAGACAUAAUAGUACAAAUCACAAACAAGAUGCAAAGCACUGUCGACACAUUCAAAAUGGCUUUGACUCUGAACUGGAUCCCUCUUGUUGCAGUUUGGAUCUGCUCAUGGAAAGGAUAAAAGGAAAAGACCUACAGCUCUUAGAAAUGAACAAAGAGAAUGAAGUGUUGAAAAUCAAGCUCGAAGCCUCCAGAGAAGCAGGAGCGGCGGCUCUGAGAAAUGUGGCCCAGAGAUUAUUUGAAAACUAUCAAACACAGUCUAAAGAAGUUAGGCAGAAGCAUGAGGACAGUAGACACUUACUCCAGGUUAACACACUUGAACAAGAACAGAAAUUGAAGCAACAUGUUGAAAAUCUGAAUCAAAUUGCUGAAAAGCUUGAAGAAAAACAUAAUCAAAUCACAGAACUGGAGAAUCUUGUACAGAGAAUGGAAAAGGAAAAGAGAACACUGCUAGGAAAAAAACUGUCUUUGGAAAACAAGCUGCUGCAUCUCAAAUCCAAGGCUACAUAUGCUAAAAGUUGCCAGGAUCUUCAAAAGGAGAUUUCCCUCCUCCAGGAGCAGAUCUCUCAUCUGCAGUUUGUGAUUCACUCCCAGCAUCAGAACCUGCGCAGUGUCAUCCAGGAGAUGGAAGGCUUAAAAAAUAAUUUAAAAGAACAAGAUAAAAGAAUUGAAGAUCUGAAAGAAAAAGUUAACAUACUGGAAGCCCAGAACAAAGAACUAAAGACCAAGGUGGCACUUUGGUCUGAAACUCCUAGGCCGAAGGUAUCCAAGGCUGUCUCUACAAGUGAAUUGAAGACUGAAGGCAUGACCCCAUAUUUGAUGUUGGUUAGGCUACGGAAAUGAGCCGCCUGGCUGAAGAUCUGAAUGAGAAAGAUCGCUACCUGCGUCUUAUUUACUCCUUGAAACACAGUCUAAAUUUACAUAUUAAAACUGCUCAAUGCCAGUAUUUAAUGGAAUUUAUUGUAUUAUAUUUAAUGUAUACAUCAAUAACUUUGCAGGAAGAUGAUAUUUCAGAAAAUCAAACAAAUAUAUAUUCAAAGAAAGGAACUCUGUCUUCAAAACUUACUAAUGGAUGAAGAAACCGGAUGCUUUCCCAUGAUGGAAGAUGAAUUUUGCUUUAAACUUAAAAAAAAAACACUGGAUUUUUUUUUUUUGGCAGAUUUUUGCUGAAGGGACUGGUUAAGGUUGUCAACUUUGACCUUUUGAUAGUGGUUUUUAUGUACAAUCAUCCCUAGGUAUCCACAGGAGAUUGGUUCCAAGAGCCCCCUCGGGUACCAAAACCCAUUCGGAUGCUCAGUCCCAUAUAUAAAAUGGCAGAGUGCAGUUGGCCCUCUGUAUCCAUGGUUUCCACAUCCAUGGAUUCAACCAAUCAUCAGUGUGGAACCUGCAGGUACAGAGGGCUGACUGUACAUAAAUGUAAGGAAAAAUAUACAGGCAUGCUUCCUUUUACUGUGCUUCACAGACUCUGUGGUAUUUUUUUUACAAAUUGAAGGUUUCUGGCAACCUUGCAUUGUCAGAUGAU